AACAUGAUGUCAAUCGGAUACGACCAUCGACCAUCGAAACACUGCUGCACGAAUGAUAGAACAUCUGUUGACGGUAGUCGAAGUAGCGAAGACAACAAUCGUUAGCCGCAUUGGGCAUUCGGCCAGCCGAAAUAGGCAAAAUGCAGGCAAAGAAGCGCUACAUUCUAGUAAUAAUCUGUUGCGCUUUCCUGGCGUACUGCUAUCUGGGAGGCUAUCGGCUGAAAGGAUUGCAAACACUGUUCCGAAUGCGGAUUCGCAAAAAUCCGGACAAUCUGCCAUCGUACCAGCAGCUGCACUACCAGUACACCGACAGUGCGGAGCGGGCGGGUGGACACACGCAACCGCCACCGGACGACGAUUUGUUUGCUCCGCCGGCAUACGAAUCGCCUUCGCGAUCACGCGACCUUGCCCCUCCACAACCGGCUUUCCAGGGUGGUGCUGGGCGCCGCGUAACGGAUGAAGGAAGUGUGGCAUUUAAAUCGUGCCGCAUGGAAACGUGCUUCGAUUUUAGCAAAUGUAGUGAUAAGAACUUUUACGUUUAUGUGUACCCGCCGGAGCCGCUGAAUUCGCUUGGUGCUCCGCCGCCAAUUAGUCAAAACUAUCAAAAGAUCAUUUCGGCCAUCCAGGAAAGCCGCUACUACACGACCGAUCCCGCCCAGGCCUGCCUGUUCGUGCUGGGCAUCGAUACGCUUGAUCGGGACUCGCUGAGUGAGGAUUUUGUGCGCAAUGUGCCGUCUCGCUUGCAGCGGCUACCUCACUGGAACAAUGGUCGCAAUCAUAUCAUAUUUAACCUUUACUCUGGCACGUGGCCAGACUACAACGAGAAUGGGCUCGGGUUUGAUCCGGGCCAGGCGAUCCUAGCUAAAGCCAGCAUGAGCGUCCAAUCGCUACGGCCCGGCUUUGACGUUAGCAUUCCGUUGUUUCACAAACAGUUUCCUCUGCGCGGUGGCAAUACGGGUUUCGUGGUCAGCAACAACUUUCCAGCCAACAAAAAAUAUCUGCUAGCCUUUAAGGGAAAGAGGUAUGUCCAUGGCAUAGGUUCUGAGACGCGAAAUUCAUUGUUUCACUUGCACAAUGCUCGAGAUUUUGUAUUAGUAACAACUUGCAAACAUGGGAAAAGCUGGCGAGAUCUGCAGGAUGCUCGUUGUGACGAAGAUAACCGAGAAUAUGAUAGAUAUGACUACGAAACUUUGUUACAAAAUUCCACAUUCUGUCUGGUACCACGGGGACGUCGAUUAGGAUCAUUUAGGUUUCUUGAAGUGCUGCAAGCAGGUUGCAUACCGGUGUUGCUUUCAAACUCGUGGGUAUUACCUUUUCAGUCAAAAAUUGACUGGAAACAGGCGGCUAUUUGGGCAGAUGAAAGACUGUUGUUACAAGUUCCGGACAUUGUGCGGUCCGUCUCAACAAGCCGUAUUUUAGCUUUACGUCAGCAGACACAAGUGCUUUGGGAGCGUUAUUUUAGUUCUAUCGAGAAAAUUAUUUUUACAACAUUUGAGAUUAUCCGUGAGAGACUACCAGACUAUCCCCAUCGGAACGGACUGAUUUGGAAUACGUCUCCGGGUGCACUGUUGACGAUUCCAACCUUUUCCGAUACUUAUCGCCGAUUUCCGUUCCUGCUGGAUAAACUAGGCCAUACGCCCGGACUGAAUUAUACCGCCGUAAUAUUUGUACAGAUCGGUACGCAGCUUACACCAAACACGGCUUUAUACAAGCUAGUCAAAAGUAUUACCAAAAGCCAAUACAUAGAUAAGAUUUUAAUUCUGUGGGCUACUGAUAGAUCCGUACCGCCGAAGAAACGUUGGCCGUCGACAGGUCACAUUCCACUGCACAUCAUAUCGGGCAGCACGAGCGAAGAUAGACCAAGCAUAUCCCAAAGAUUCUAUCCCCACGAACAAAUCGAGACUGACGCCGUUUUGUCACUGGACGAGGACGCUAUAUUGAACACGGACGAGCUAGACUUCGCUUAUCAGGUGUGGCGCGAUUUUCCCGAUCGCAUCGUUGGCUAUCCUGCGAGGGCACAUUUCUGGGACGAUUCAAAGAACGCUUGGGGCUAUACAUCUAAAUGGACAAACUAUUACUCGAUUGUUUUGACUGGAGCCGCGUUUUAUCAUCGGUACUACAACUAUCUCUAUACGAACUGGCUGUCGUAUCUGCUGUUAAAGACGGUACAACAAUCGUCCAACUGUGAAGACAUUCUCAUGAAUCUUCUCGUUUCGCAUGUCACGCGUAAACCUCCGAUCAAGGUGACACAAAGAAAAGGCUACAAAGAUCGAGAAAGUGGCAGAUCGCCAUGGAACGAUCCUGAUCAUUUCAUACAACGACAAAGUUGUCUGAACACUUUUGCUGCAGUUUUUGGUUACAUGCCUUUACUAAGAUCGAACCUGCGACUAGAUCCAGUACUGUACCGAGACUCGGUAUCAAAUUUAAGGAAAAAAUAUAGACAGAUCGAAUUAGUCGGCAGCUAGCGAUUUUUGUAUAUUUAUUAAAUUAUAUUACACUUCAUCUUCACGAACAUCGAACAUCUGAA